AACAUCAUUUACUUUCGAAUUUUGUUUCAUUUUUUAAUGUUCAACUCAAGCACAUCAGAGAUAAAUGUGCAGCUCUGUAUUUGUAUGAUAAUCUUAUCUUGUGCUCACAGUGAUGAUGAUCACAUGACCCUGAACCUCUCAUUGGUCGAAAACAAACCUUCCGCAGAACAAAAACGUCUACUGGAGAAAUACUAAUUCCUUUAUAAAUAUACAAGUCCUUGACAAAACAUUUGUGGAUUUUUAAAGCCAGGAUGGGUAUUGGACACCUUGUGUUUUUGUAAAUAUUAAAAGGUCAUCAUUCUGAAAAGCGCAGUGUCUUACGAUUGGCCAGCUUACCAGUACGUUGUGAUUGGCCUGAAUACCUCUGACGUCAGCAGUAAAAGUGACACUCCUUACCAUAUUUGCACAAUGCUGACAGAAAGAUGCGCUUCACUGUGGCAUUAACGGCUCUGGUCUCGUGCUCGAUCUUUGCACGCGUCAGUUGUGAGUCGUACAGGUGCGUGGCUUUACCGUCUAAAGAUCUGAGGGUGAACUGCAGCUCUAGGGGCAUCAGGACGUUUCCUCAUCUGCCCGCCAAUAUUACAGAGCUGUUACUUCAACAAAACCUCUUGACUACAGUAAGAGCGGGACAUUUGGAUUCACUCUACAACCUGCAGCUGCUUAACUUAUCCGGCAACCCGUUCCACUGCGACUGCGGGAUUCGCUAUCUGAGUCAAUGGUUGAAGAGAAAUAAAGUGAAGGCCUCUGCGAUGGCUGUGUGCGCCUCACCCCCCGAACUCAUCCACAGGCCCAUCGACAGACUCACAGAUGACGAUUUUUCAUCUUGCGCCUCCACUGAGUGCCCUGGGUUGCUUUAUAACAGUGUCUUAUGCUUCAUGUUGUGUAUCCUCGUCGGCUUACUGCUGUGGUGCUUGCAACUAGCUCGAAACUCGACAUUUACACUGGGAAUCGAUGAGAGACACUCGGGACUGGAGGCUGAAUCUCUUCGAUCGCUCAAACCCAAACAUCGAGCCAGGAUGAGACGCAGUAUCGGUGGUGAUGACAUGGACAAACCUUUACUGAACAUGGAGCUUCUUCCUCAAAUACUGGACGCCCUUAACAAACAGCACAACAUUAAGAUUAAAGUGCCAUGAUGGAACAAAUCUGUUGUCGGUGCUGUGCUCUGUAAAGUGGAUUUCUCUAACGAUGGAUUAAAAGACUUCCUGAUUUUCCCGCGUCAAACAUCAUUGUUGAUUUACACUGGGAUAACAUUUCAAUCAACCAGAUGGAUAAGUUAUAGGUUGGGAUUAGGGGGCUUUUUCUACACAAAUGUUGACCCAGGAACAUCACUUAAAUUCAAAAUACGUAACCAUAGCUUCCAAAACAAGCCCAAUUUUAAUUUUUUGUAAUUAUAAACAUUUUUUAUUAUAAAGUAUUUGUUAGCAAUAAAGGAGUGUAAAACCACUCUUAAGUUUAUACAAGUUACAUAACAAAAAUUCAAUUCCAACAAAGUGGGAGGACAUGCACUCAUAACUCAUAAUCCACCACCUUUAAGUAAAAUAAGCCUGGAAAGAUGGAAACAGACAACAGGAACUGAACUGAACUAUUGCUUAAUUUUAAUAUUUGUUAUGUUUGGCUAUGUUUCAGCUAAAUAUUUAUUAGCAGUAAAGUAAUAAAUCUGAGUGGGCAUCCAUGACAUGUGGAGUCCCACAGGGCUCUAUUCUUGCACCACUUCUGUUUAAAGGGACACCACUUUUUUUUGAAAAUAUGCCUAUUUUCCAACUCCCCUAGAGUUAAACAAAUGCGUUUGACCAUUUUGGAAUCCAUUCAGCUGAUCUCCGGGUCUGGCUUUACCACUUUUUGCAUAUCUUAGCAUAAUUCAUUGAAACUGAUUAGUCCAUUAGCAUUGCGCUCAAAAAUAACCAGAGUUUUGAUAUUAUGCAGCGCCUGAAAUAGUCCCCUUGGUAACUUAUAAUAGCAGUGGACUAUUUUCGGGCACUACGUAAUAUCAUUGCAGCUGCUGCACCCAUGGUAUGGCAGCAUAGUCCUUGAUUAUUACGCCAGAAUGAGAGUAUAGUUCCUAGACAUAUCUCCCUAUAAAAUCGCAACUUUUAAUUUUCCGCUGUUGUUAGUAUUCGAUGUAACUACAGAAGAGUCAAGUUUUAAAUAGGAAAAAUAUCAAAACUCUGGCUAUUUUUGAGUGCGAUGCUAAUGGUCUAAUCAGAUUCAAUGUAUUAUGCUAAGCUAUACUAUAAGUGGUACCGCCAGACCCGGAUAUCGGCUAAAUGGAUUUCAAAAUGGUAAAACUUAAUUGUUUAACUCUAGGAGAGCUUUAAAAUAAGCAUAUUUUAAAAAAGUGGAGCGUCUCUUUUUAUUUCUAUAUGCUCCCACUUGGUAAAAUAAUGAAAAAAAUAUCAAAUUGCUUACCACAGCUAUGCAAGUGACACCCAGAAAUACUUCGCCCUGUCACCCAAUGACUACAGCCCCAUUGACUCUCUAUGUAAGUGCGUUGAUGAAAUUAACAGUUGUAUGCGUCAAAACCUCCUCCAGUUAAACAAAGACAAAACUGAAGUCAUUGUAUCUGGAAAUAAAGAUGAAACUCUCAAGGUGAACACAUACCUUGACUCUAGGGGUCCAAAGACACAAAAUAAAGUCAGAAAUCUUGGUGUUAUUUUAGAGUCUGACCUUAAUUUCAGUAGUCACGUGAAAGCGAUGAGCAAAUCAGCUUACUACCAUUUCAGAAAUAUUGCCAGAAUCAGUUGUUUUGUCUCAAGACAGGACUUAGAGAAACUUGAUCAUGCUUUCAUCACCAGCAGGGUGGAUUACUGCAAUGGACUUCUUACGGGGAUCCCCAAAAAGAACAUUAGACAGCUGCAGCUCAUACAGAACACAGCUGCCAGAAUUCUGACCAGAACCAAAAAAUCUGAGCACAUUACUCCAGUCCUCAGGUCCUUACACUGGCUUCCUGUUACAUUUAGAAUAGAUAUUAAAGUAUUGUUACUCAUUUAUAAAUCAUUUCAUGGCUUAGGACCCAAAUACAUUACAGAUAUCCUAAUUGAAUAUAAACAGAUUACUCAGAUCAUUAGGAUCAGGUCAGUUAGAGAUACCAAAGGUUCACUCAAAACAAGGUGCGUCAGCAUUUAGUUAUUAUGCCACCUCUAGCUGGAAUCAGCUUUCAGAAGAGAUCAGAUGUGCUUCAACAGUAAACACUUUUAAAUCUAGAUUAAAAACACAUCUGUUUAACUCUUCAUUUACUGAAUGAGCACUGUGCUGCUUCACACUGACUGCACUUUUAACUCCAGGGAUUUGUAUUCCUUUUCACACAUUUUAAACAGUUUUCUUUUGUUAUUAUUGUGUCUCUCUUAUUUUCUUUCUUUUAUAUAUUGUUUUGUAAUUUCUAUGUAAAGCACCCGUGUAUGAAAUGUGCUAUACAAAUAAACCUGUGUUAGCCAAAUAAA